UCCCUCUCAGGCGCCAAGGCCAAUGCAAGCGACGGCCAAACAGAAACGAGGACUCUCCUCCUCGUCUUUGGACUCACUGGUCCAGGGAAGAGCAGGGAGGUGCAUAAGACACAGAGAGAACCCCAUCUCUAUAUCUCUAUGGGCAGCAAAAAAAAAAUAAAGCUAUGGGCUGGGAGAAUCAUGUGCGUCUAACAUCCCCUCGUCCCCUUUCCAAAAGCGGCUCGGCCCCUCUCUGUUUCCUUCUUUCGCAUUCCUUUUCCCUUUCUCCUCCCCUUCCAUUUUUUCUUCUUCUCCUCUUCACUCCUCCUUCCUCUUCUCUUCUUGGGUUUAAGCAAAGAAGAUGGCGUCCGGCGCUCCCCGGUUCAUCAAAUGCGUGACGGUUGGCGAUGGUGCUGUCGGGAAGACCUGCAUGCUUAUCUGCUACACCAGCAACAAGUUCCCGACCGACUACAUUCCGACGGUGUUCGAUAACUUCAGCGCCAAUGUCGUUGUUGAUGGAACCACCGUGAAUUUAGGCCUCUGGGACACUGCUGGGCAAGAGGAUUACAAUAGAUUGAGGCCGUUGAGCUAUCGAGGGGCGGAUGUUUUUGUGCUGGCUUUCUCGCUGGUGAGCCGAGCGAGCUAUGAAAAUGUUCUGAAGAAGUGGAUACCCGAGCUUCAGCAUUAUGCACCGGGAGUCCCCGUGGUGCUGGUCGGCACCAAAUUGGAUCUUCGUGAAGAUAAAUAUUUCCUAUCAGACCAUCCUGGUAUUAUGCCUGUUACCACUGCUCAGGGAGAGGAACUCCGAAAGCAAAUAGGUGCUGCGUAUUAUAUAGAGUGUAGCUCAAAAACACAACAGAAUGUCAAAGCAGUGUUUGAUGCUGCCAUCAAGGUAGUUAUUCAGCCUCCAAAAAAACAGAAGGAGAAGAAGAAGAAAACCACAGCGUGGAUGUUCACUAUUGAAUAUCCUUUAUGGGAGGAAGCUUAUGUGCUUUAAAUAAAAGCACGACCGGUAUCACAUUGUAGAGUUCCCUUGCAGAAAAUGCUAUGCUGACAUCUGGCCCUCGAGUGCAUUUGAGUUAAUGGUUCCGUUCCUCUUGGAAUCUGUGAAGUGACUGCCAGCUGUAUCAGAAGUAAAUGAAUCAGUUUGUUCACAAUGAAACAAGAAAAUAUAUAUGUUCUUUUGUGGACAGGAGAUGUUUGUUCUUAAUGCCAUGUUCGUUCAGUAUCAACUUUGUUUGAAUCAAGAAGCUUAACCAAGGCAAAUAAAUGACUAGUGUGUUUUUUGAGUAAUGGUCACAUUGCAACUAUAAUGUAAAGAUAAAGGGAAUUAGCAAGAA